UCCCACUGGAUUUAAACUUUGCAGUCCACGAUAAUCCCCUUCCCCAGGGCUGUUCUUGUGUGAUUCUCAGGCUGCUAUGGGAAAAGCUGUGCCAGGCACUGAGUGGUUGCUCACCCUGUGCCAAAACUGGGAUCAUGGCAUCAACUCCCUGAGCAAAGUCCCCACUACAGGCACUGGAGCCAGGAGAGCAGGGAAUUCCAUGGGGUUCUGCAGAUGGAUGGGAUGGGGUAAAUCAGUAACUGCUGCUGACUCGUGGUGCAGGAGAACACAACCUGUACUGCUCUCUGGCUUCCUCCUCCUGCAGCAGGAUCAUGGCAGUGACAGUGCAACCACCAAGAGCCAACCCCUGCAAAUGAAGUCAGUGCUUCCAGAACUUGUGCAAACUUUGUGGGGUGAGCAGUAGGUCCUGAUGGCAGCUGGCCAUGCUGUGUGUAGGGCACCCUGAGCCUCAAACACCCAAUUCUCACAGAGUGAACCCCUCCAUCUGUGACAUCUCUUGCCUGAGAACAACAUGAAUUCCUGUUAGCCGUCAGGACAGGCUUCCAGCUUUGUUCUGGGCUCCAUUUGAGACCCUCAGCCCUUCAGGGAUGCUGCACACACAGCAGGGAUGUCCCACUGCAGCACAUGCCAUUGGGUGGAUGAGAGGUCCUACCAUCUCCCUCAAGGCAUUAUCUCCUGCAGUGAGACACUGCCAGCACAUCCAUUAGUCCCUGGUGUGGGUGUCCGUGAAGGGGCAAUGAGAAAUCUGCAGGGCCUUGCACAGAAAGCACAGCAGCUCAGCACCUGCUGUUCCCCAGUCCAGGUCCAGGAGGAGAUGCAUGUGGUGGUGGGCACCAGCUGUGUGCUCCGUAUGGAGGACAAGCUGAAGAUGCCCUACAGCAAUGCAGUGAUCCACGAGCGGCAGCUUCCAGCCACCCCACCUCAAGAACCUGCUGCAGGACACGGAGUUCUGGGGCCACAGCAUCCCCAGGGUGAUGUGGUGGUCCUCUGUGCCUCCGAAGGGCUGUUAGGGGAGGUUUCACAGUAGAACCUGGACUGCUGGCUCACUCCAGAAGGUCAGAGAAUCACAGAAACACAGAAUAUCCCAAGCUGGUAGGGACCCAUGGGGAUCACUGCAUCCAAGCCCCAGCCCCACACAGCAUCAUCCAAACCCUGUGGCAGAGAGCAGCAUCCCAGCACUCCCUGAGCCCCAGCAGAUUGGAGCACCUGCCCAAAGCUUUCAGCAUCCCAGAACAGACUGAGCCAGGAAAACAUUCACUUUGGUUUACCCGCUUUGACUCUCUGGUAUUAACCUGUUAAUGAAUGUCAGGAAUGCACCGCUUGCUGCAGAACACAGACCCCAACCUGCAGCCAUGGCGAAUGGAACUCCAGCAAAAUGCUUUCAGUUGGGGCAGGAGCACCGCAGCCAACAAAGGGGCUGAGUCACAGUCAGGCCAUGCUGAGCUCCGGUGGUGUGCAGAAGAUAAGGAGCACAGUCUGCUGCUCGGCUGCUGGGCUCAGCUCCUCCAUGUCCUGCACUCAGUGUUUGUCCCUGGCACGUACCCCAGGUGUGGCUCAGUGUGGUGCAGAUGGAGAACUCCCUCCAGGUUUUGCUUUUGGAAGCAGGUGGCAGAGCAGGGCAUGGUCCAGGCUGCUUGCAGGGAGGUGGGGGUGUCCUUUGGGGUCCCAGUGUGGUUUUAGUAGAUGCUCAUACCUCCCUUGCUGCACUGAGCAGGGAAGCUGCUCCCAUCUAUGGCUUAAUGGCACGGUCAGGCACGUGGGGCACCUGUAGGUGUUCGGUGCUGCUGGGGAGCGCCGGGUUUGCUGCGUCGCAGGAAAACAACGCUGUGGCGGAGCUGCAGCCCUCCACGUGCCAGAGCCCCGCAGCCCACGGGAAGCGGGCACAGCAGAGCCCUGGCCGUCCCGCUGCCUCCGCCCACCACGCACGGGGCAGCCGUCCGUCCUGCUGUGGCCGCCCCGCACCGGACGGACGAUGCUCACAGCACCGGGCCGGCGCGUCGCGGUUCCCCGGCAGCGCGGGGCGGUGUCCCGGCAGCGCGGGGCGGGGCGGCCCCGGAUGGCGGCGGUGCGGGGCUGCGGGUCCGGUCCGCGCCUCGGCGCUGAGCGGGGCCGGGGGGCAGCGGGGUCGGACAGCACCGAGCCCUUCCUUCGGACAGGUGGGCAAGCACCAGCACUGCGCUUCUGUCCCCCAGCCACCAGCAGCCCCAUCCCAGAGGGCCCUGGUGCAGAGGUUGCCUCAUCUACUGCGUCCUCAGCCCGUGCGGAUGUCCAUCCACGUCCCACAUCUCUCCCAUCACUUUCUCGUGUCACAUACAAGGACUUCAUUCGCUGCCUGCCGGUUCACCUCUCCCAGUAUAUCCUGGGGCUUUUGGAUAACAAAUCCCUUAAAACAUGUGCCAACGUGAGUAGGUACUGGGCUUUUCUGGCCAAAGAAGUUGAGAAGGAGCAUGUGUGUCAAAAAGCAGUACAGAAGAAAAUCCUGUAUUUGCAGGAGUUGUGCCCUAUGGGAGCAGUUCCCAACUAUGCUAAAAUAGUCAAGGUGGCAAUUCCACAGUUAAAUGAAAAGGGAUGCGUCAUCAAAGUGAGAGACCACAGCUCUGAAAGUAAAACAGAGGAGGACAAGGAGGAGGAGGAAAACAACCUGCAGGCAGCCUAUCAUGAUCUGCAAACUGAUACGAUACAGCUGGAAGAGAGGAAUGUAUUCUGUGGCUCCUACAGUAUUCGUGUCCUCACUGAUCGAUCAGACCCAAACAGAGUAAUCCACUAUGCCGGUGGAGACUUGGUAGCCAUUGGCUCUGCAGACCGAAAAGUGAGGAUUUUUAACGUGUUGGCAAUGAGAGAAGUGCCACCUCUGCUCUCUGGGCAUGCUGGGAGCAUCAAAGCACUGCUGCUUGAUGAGAAGAAAGGGCUCGUUCUUAGCACGAGCUGCGAUCUCAGCAUCAGAUGCUGGAAUAUAUACAGUGGUGCUUGCAUGAAAAUCUUUACUGGUCACUGUGGGGCCAUCACCUGCUUGGAUUUACAUGGCAAGAAGUUUGUGUCGGGAGGCACAGAUGGGAUGGUGAAAGUGUGGAACUUGGAUAGCGGGGUAUGUCUCUGGACUCUGAAACACAGCAAUGUUGUUUAUGCUGUUAAAAUGAAUGGAACCCAUGCUGUCAGUGGGUGUGACAGAGGGCUGGUGAAAGUCUGGCAUGCUGGCACAGGCACCCUGCUCAAAGUACUAGAAGGGCACCUAGGCCCAGUGAGGUGCUUGUCCUUUGAUCAGUGGCACCUCGUCUCAGGAAGCAGUGAUGGAUAUGCCUUUGGAUGGAGCAUGGUGGGAGACCUUAAGAGGUGCCUAACAGCUUUCCGUCACCCGAAGGAAGUUCUGUCUCUGGAGUUGCUCUUUCUCAGAGUCGUCAGCGGCUGUGCUGAUGGGAAGAUCCGUGUGUUCAACUACCUGACUGGGAGCUGCCUGAGAGUGCUGGUGGGCAGCAGCAGGGGGGACUCCAUAUCUUUCUGUGCUGCCAAAAACAGGAUGGUGAUCAAUGCACCCAGCAGCCUGCUGAUGUUCCAGUUUGAGGAUGUCAUGUGGGACUACAUGCUAGGUGCUGAGCGAGAGAUGGUGUGGAAGGAGAAGCAGGAGAGCUGCCCUUUGGGCACAGCACUGACUCCCUCCCAGCAAACCAAGAGCCACAUUGCCAGCCAGAUGCGACGCCUCACUCUGAAGACACGAGCUCUCUGCAAUGAAAUGAUAAAGCCAGCAGCUUGCCAGCAACAGGAACAUUUGCUUGGGAGCAGGAGGUCUUCUCACAUCCAGGCAGAGCAGCAAGAGCUUUUUGCUCCUGAUGGCGCAUCUGAGUAUGGCACUUCUGUACUUGCACAUCCUGACAGACAUCAGGAAGAGAAAAAGGGCUCUCUGUCCUCUUACAAGUUCCUCUUGACUGUCAGCAUGCUGCAGAAGAGUGGCAAGCCAUCCUUUGUCCGCUCCAUUACAAAGCAUUCUUCAGCAACUGAGAAAGCAUUGGAAUGUCUGCUGCAGCAGCAACAAAAAAGACAAAUAUACAUAACCUCUCUGCAACAAAAAAAGGAUCUGAUGGCCCAGUUCCAACGUGCAAGAUCUUACAGUGAUUCUCUGACUAUGAAAAGGAUUUCGGUACCCUUUGAGACUAAAAUGCUGCAACUCAAGCUGAAAAAUUCUUUGCAUGGGCCCACUGUGAACUCCUCCAUUCCUGCUCCCUGCAUUGUACGUCUCAAGACUUGCGGUGCUUUGCUACAAGGAAAGAAAGCUCAUGGUGCUCGCAGUAAGGGCACUUCUCUCCCUGCAGACAGAGUUCAGCAUAGCAGUCGCUGUACAGCUUCUGAACGGAUCAAAUCAACACGGGCAAUGAUCCCACAAAUGAAAAAGGAAGCAGUUUGCAGGGGGAAAAAAAACUUUUGCCCAUUCGCUGCAGAUCCUUCCCAGGCUGACAGUGGGUUCAGGCUUCUGACAGGACAGCAGGAGGAGGCACGUGCUGCAGCUGCUGUAGCUCAGUGUCAGGCAAACCAGGCAAAGCUCUUAGAUCACGAAAGAGCAGGCAAGAAGGCCUGGUUAAGGAAAACUAAAGGCCUACCUACAGUCUCUUUUACUAAGGAGGGGAAGAUAGUUGCUCCUGAACUUGGACUUAAUACAUUUAUUUGAGAUAACCCGUUAGCCCAACAAACCACCAGCAUCUGAGGAUUCUGGGGCUUGUCUAAUGUAACAGCUUCCUUGGGUAUCUAGCUGAGCCUGGCAUGUCAAGAUCCCUGUGGUUUCUAUGUGAGUAUGAAAGGCAUCUCUGUUGUUAAACUUUCAAUGAGAUACUACUGGUACUUUCAACACUUCCUCAAGGCAGUGAAUGGACUGACUCCUCUCCUGCGUUUUAAGUUGCUAGAUCUGUUGUUACUAUAGACACAGCACAUUCAAGACUGAUAGAGCAAAGACAUGGCUCAACUGUUUGAAUAAAAGUUCUUAUUAGA